AUGGGAGCAUUCGCUGUCGGUCUUGGACUUCUUUUACUAAUCGCCACGGCUCGUAGCGAUGAAGCACCAAAAGGACCAAAAGUAACCCACAAAGUAACAUUUCAAAUGAAGAUUGGUGAUGAAGAAAUUGGUAACAUUGUCAUUGGUCUUUUUGGUAAAACAGUUCCUAAGACUGUAGAAAACUUCUUCCAAUUGGCUCAGAAACCAUCAGGAGAGGGUUACAAGGGUAGCAAGUUCCAUAGAGUCAUUGACAACUUCAUGAUUCAGGGUGGAGAUUUCACCAAAGGAGAUGGGACUGGAGGCCGAAGCAUUUAUGGUGAGCGCUUUGAAGACGAAAACUUUAAGCUCCGUCAUUAUGGUGCUGGAUGGUUGUCUAUGGCUAAUGCUGGCAAGGAUACCAAUGGAUCCCAGUUCUUUAUCACCACCACUAAAACCACUUGGCUAGAUGGCCGACAUGUUGUAUUUGGAAAGGUUUUAGAAGGCAUGGAUGUUGUACGUAAGAUUGAAAAGACUACUACAGGGGCUAAUGAUCGACCUGUUAAGGAUGUCGUUAUUGUUAACACCAUAGCAGAAGAAGUUGCAGAACCUUUCAGUGUCUCAAAAGAUGGUGCAUAA